AUGGAAACCUCGCAUCGGUGGCGUCGACAUACUUACCCAGCCCAGUCCUCAGAAACUGAACCUUGUACAAGUCCUCCAGCAAAGGAGGGUCUCACAUCGGUACAACUUCCAGCAAAGAUCCCUGCAUUGAAGGACGCAGAAAAACUUCAAAAUCAUGGACCAACUAUUGUUGUUUGCUUGGAUGGAACAAGGGAUAAAUUUGACGGCGAUAAUAGUAAUAUCGUGCAUCUGGUUAGCUGUCUGAAGAAAGAUGACAAAUAUCAGAACACGUACUACCAAGCUGGAAUUGGCGACGAAAUAUGCAUUUCCGGCUUCUCUAGGGGAGCAUAUACGGCCCGCUGUUUGGCUAGAAUGGUCCACAAGGUUGGGCUUUUACCAAAACGGAACGUUGCUCAAAUACCUUUUGCCUACGACUUUUACAAGGAUGACAGUCCCAAAGGGCGGGAGGAUAGUGCACAGGUUAAGAAAACAUUCUGCACCAAUGUCAGCAUUUACUUCCUUGGACUUUUUGAUAGCGUUGCAAGCGUUGGCUUCAUCCCGCGAGAAUUGCCUUUCAGCACCACAGCCCGAGCAAAAUGUCACUAUGUGAGACAUGCUAUGGCUUUGGACGAACGCCGUGCUAAGUUCAAGCUAUGUCGCUUUGAAGGGGCCGACUUUGUGAGUCCGGAGGAUCUGCGAGGGAGCACUACUUCAACACUGACGGAAAGGCUGAGACCUGAGCAAGCUAACGGGUCUGCCCACAAGCACGAAGCUCUCAAUGGCGGACCCGUGAAACCUCACAUGAUGAAAGGGAACAUACAAGCCGGAAUGAAGGCAUCCGAGUUGGCCCAUGGGAGGCAUCAUAAGCCUCAGAGGCCUGCAAAAACCGACCUCCUAGAAGUCUGGUUCGCGAAUUGUCACUGCGACGUGGGAGGUGGUGCCGUACGCAACGAGGAGCGUCACAGGCUCUCAAACAUACCCUUACGGUGGAUGAUUCGGUAG